GGUGACGUCAGUGCUCGCGGCGACGCCAGAACGCCACGGCCGGCGGAGGAGGAGGAGUAGGAGGCGGGAGGGGGGGUAUCCUGCUCCAGCGCUCCACGGCCGGUGUAGCAUAAACAUUUCUUGUACAACAUGAGCAACAGUCAUCCACUCCGACCUUACACAGCAGUAGGUGAAAUAGACCACGUUCACAUUCUAUCCGAUCAUGUUGGUGUUCUGAUGAAUGGGGAGGAAUACAGUGACGUUACCUUUAUAGUGGAAAAGAAACGUUUUCCUGCACACCGAGUGAUUUUGGCUGCGAGGUGUCAGUAUUUCAGAGCGUUAUUAUAUGGUGGAAUGCGUGAAUCUCAGCCUGAAGCAGAAAUCCCUCUUCAUGAUACCACCGCAGAAGCCUUUACAAUGUUAUUGAAAUAUAUUUAUACAGGUCGUGCCACAUUAAGAGAUGAGAAAGAAGAAGUCCUGUUAGAUUUUUUGAGUUUAGCACAUAAAUAUGGGUUUCCAGAACUGGAGGAUUCCACCUCUGAAUACCUUUGCACCAUUCUUAACAUUCAAAAUGUUUGCAUGACCUAUGACGUUGCUAAUCUCUACUCACUACCUAAAUUGACAUGUAUGUGCUUCAUAUUUAUGGACAGAAAUGCUCAAGAGGUACUCUCCAGUGAAGGCUUUCUGUCUCUUUCUAAGCCAGCACUUCUCAGUAUUGUACUGAGGGAUUCAUUUGCAGCACCUGAGAAGGACAUUUUUCAAGCAUUGAUGAACUGGUGUAAACACAAUCCUAAGGAAAGUCAUGCUGAAAUCAUGAAGGCAGUGCGCUUGCCAUUGAUGAGCUUGACAGAGCUUUUAAAUGUCGUAAGACCUUCAGGAUUGCUAUCUCCUGAUGCUAUUUUGGAUGCCAUUAAAGUUCGAUCCGAAAGUCGGGACAUGGACCUCAACUAUAGGGGCAUGUUAAUACCAGGUGAGAACAUUGCUACUAUGAAAUAUGGAGCCCAAGUGGUUAAAGGGGAAUUGAAAUCUGCCUUAUUAGAUGGAGACACACAGAACUAUGAUCUAGACCAUGGAUUUUCUCGACAUCCUAUUGAUGAUGACUGCCGUUCUGGUAUUGAAAUUAAAUUGGGUCAGCCAUCAAUAAUCAAUCACAUACGAAUACUAUUAUGGGAUCGAGAUAGCAGGUCGUACUCCUAUUAUAUUGAGGUAUCCAUGGAUGAACUAGACUGGAUUCGUGUAAUUGAUCACUCAAAAUAUCUAUGUCGAUCUUGGCAGAAACUGUAUUUUCCUGCCCGUGUCUGCAGGUAUAUCAGAAUAGUUGGAACACACAACACAGUAAACAAAGUUUUCCAUAUUGUGGCUUUUGAAUGCAUGUUCACCAACAAAACCUUCACUCUUGACAGAGGACUAAUAGUUCCCACUGAGAAUGUUGCAACAGUUGCAGAUUGCGCCAGCGUGAUUGAGGGCGUGAGCCGUAGCCGCAAUGCUUUGUUGAAUGGAGACACAAAGAAUUAUGACUGGGAUUCCGGGUAUACAUGCCAUCAGCUAGGCAGUGGUGCUAUUGUUGUACAGCUGGCGCAGCCUUACAUGAUUGGAUCAAUUCAGUUACUCCUCUGGGAUUGCGAUGAUAGGAGCUACAGCUAUUACAUUGAAGUUUCUACAAAUCAGCAGCAGUGGACCAUGGUGGCUGACCGAACAAAAAUUUCUUGCAAAUCCUGGCAACUUGUAAGUUUUGAUAGACAACCAGCAUCUUUUAUCAGAAUUGUUGGCACUCACAACACAGCUAAUGAGGUAUUUCAUUGUGUACAUUUUGAAUGCCCAUCCCAAAACACUCUACAGAAGGAAGAGACUAAUGAAGAAGAUGCUGGCCCAGGUGGACAGCACGUGGCAACCGCCUCACCUCAAGCUUCAAGCACCAGUUCUGUGCAUUCUCUCCCAGGAUCUGUUUCAUAUCCAUAAUUGCAGGAGCAAUUUUAUGAGAAUGGAGAAGAACGUUUGAAAUCUCAGUGCCACAAAAACAUUUUUCACUUUUAACCUGCAAGCACCUCUUCACUUUCUGAAUGAACUUUUCAAGGGGAUCAUAGCAUCAAGCAGCUAGAGGUGCUUCGAUUUAUAAGGCUGCCUGGAGACAAAACUGGGCCACCAUAUUGCACUUUCCAUUGAUUAAAAUCAGAAGUAUGGGGGGAGAAAACAGUCUUUCUCAUCAAGUUUCCUAUUUGUACCCUACCUCUUUAAACCAAACCAAAUCAGAUAGAGCAGAAAGAAACAAAACCAUGUCAUUUUGUUAUAUAAAUAGGUUGUGUGUACCAUAUCAAAAAAUAUUAUUACAUGUGCUUGUAAAAGGUGUAUUAAAAAUGAAUCUUUUUUGAGAUGUUUAUUAAAAAAAACUAUGGAAACCA